AUGUACCUGCCGAAUUGGGGGUCCGAUAUAUUUACGACAUCUGCAGACAGUUUGCCUAUGGAAGCUCAGCCAUCGGGCCAGAAGAAGAUGAAUCUUGUGCUCCCUGAAUGGAAACACGACGAGGAAAGCGUGUCAAAUGAAAAGUCUGCUAAUAUUGCACCCAUCAGUGGGCUGGAUGAGAAAACCGAGCUUAAGGUCCCGGAGCAAGCAGUACAUUCGACAAAACAGAAGCUUUGA